GUCAGGUUUGAAAUCGACAAAGUUGAAAUGAUUUGUCUUGCAUAAAGUCUAUACCAGUUGGAUGCCCAAUUUCCAAGCGGUGCAUGACAAAUAUCGGCACCGUCUGAAUCCAGUUUGUCAUGCUGUUUAGGGACAGAAGGCGUCUCUUGUCAUGCUACUUUAGCAGCUGUAUCGCAGACACUAGACAGGCUGAGCGUCGGCCUCACUUGCCAUUCCUGCAAGAGAGGCACUUCAUGCCUUGCAAUUUAUGCAUGAGAAAUUAUU